GCCCUGUACCUCCGCGGUAUGGAAUGUUGACAAGGAGACACAGCGCAGGGGAUACACCAAAACACAGCAUAGCACAAUCACWAUCACCACCAUGAUUGCGGCGAACAGCUUUAGYCUACAUGAACUAAAAGGAAAAAUAUCUUCCGCCCGACGACACAACUGGAAUGCGUUUUUCGUAGGGUUCCUGGCCCUGGCCGCGGUUGCUUGCGGGAUAGCCGUGUACGCGGCAGGGGUUGUGGUGCCGAAGCUUCACGACGCAAGGGACAUGUCCCACGGCAAGCAGCACCMGUCCUUUGACGCCCCCGACCUAAAACGACACAACGCCCAGCACAAGCACGAAUUCGAAAGCGCCUACCACAUGCCAGACAGAAAAGUCCUUGAUCGGGAAGUCGAGGAAAGCCUCGAGGCAGAGAAGAAAGAGCACAACCAAUUGCGAGCUCAGCCCGCGGCCGAGAAGCAGAAGGCGGGGUUCUCUACUACCGAUGCCGGCUCCAAAACGGAAAUCCGUGGGGAUGCCGCCAACCAAAAAUACCACAUGGUCUUUUCCACCAGCUGCUCCGGUUUUCAGAACUGGCAGGCCCUGGCCUUUUUCUAUUUUGCGCACAAGGUCCGCCAGCCGGGGACAGUAACCCGGCUCGUCUCAGGGUGCACCGACGAGGAGGAGAAAAAACUUAAAAAGAUCCACAAGGAGCGUGUGGUUCCCCUUCAGAUCCCGGGACUGCAAACCUUUGAGAUGCACGUGACCCCCGGCUUUGACGACUCGGGCGGCGGGAGCCAAAAGUACUGGAACAAACCUAAUGGAUUGCUUCACUGGAUGGAAGAGUCCCUUGGCUUCGACGGAAAAUCCGACCACGAGGACGACGACGCSAUAGUUAUAAUUUUGGAUCCUGACAUGAUGCURCUGAGGCCCAUCACGGCGGACUUUUCGUCCAAGAACUACGCCGGGGGAUGGGCCACCUCCAAAAAUACCAAGGAACACGUUGYGAACAAUAUGUCGCCCGUGGAUUAUUCGCACGAYGUUGUGACCCACGGAAGACCCCAUGCCCAGCAGUACGGUUUCGGAAGCAACUGGCUCACUUCCUUGAAGGGCCGCCUMGAGGAAGUCGUGGGCCCGGACUCCCCCGCCCUUAAGCUUUCGCUAGAUGACGCCAACGACUACUACCCUGCCGGGCCGCCGUACCUUGCCACCGCGAAGGACAUGUACCAGAUCGCCGUCCACUGGGUCAAGUUUUUGCCAAAGGUCCAUGAGAUUUUCGAGCCCUUUAUGUGCGAAAUGCACGCGUAUUCCGUGGCGGCUGCCCACCUGGAGCUCCCGCACAAGCUGGGGGUAGGGUUCAUGGUCUCGGACGUGGACAGCGACGAGGAAUUCGGAUUCAUAGACAAACUCAUGCCGUCUGAAGUGUGCAUGGCACCCCCCGCACUUGAGGCCACGGAAAGCGGCCAAGCGAUCGACCUGACCGAUAGCACCACCAUGGUGGAUCCGGUCUACAAAGMGGUGGGCAUUGCCACCCAACAGCUUCCCUUUGUGCUCCAUUACUGCCAGCGAUAUGCCCUYGGGCGGUGGUUCUUUUCCAAGUACAAGCUUCGCGAGGACAUAUUUACGAACUGCACGGCACCGCUCCUCCGGGAACCCCCCCGGAACGUUGCAGAGCUUUACCAGUGGUACAUUUUUCCCAAUGGGAUCGAAAAGUUAAAUUUUGCCUCCGUCAAGGACGAGAAAUGGAAGCAGGAAGGGCUGCGAGUCAAGCAUCUGAGACACGGCUGGCUCCUCUGUGCCGUCCUKUACGGAAUCAAUGGGGCCAUCGAGGCCUACAAGACCGAAACCUGCCAGGACAACUCGGACGCCUUCCAAAAGACGUGGCACUUUCACGACGAGGUGCUCUUUGACAAGAUGAUCRCCGAUCCUUCGAUUCCGAGCGAUCUGUUCGAACCAGAUGCGAAAACCGACGCCGGAACGUCGGGAGGCACCCAGUGAGCGACGUGCUGCAUAAAAGGUUACCCUCGAUACAUUUUCCAAAAUGCACCACCAGCGCUCUCGAGCUAUAAGGGAAACGCAAAUCCUUGAAACCAAMCAAACAAACAACCUAAAAAAGAACUGAAAAUUCUGGAUUKGCACCGUUGGGGUGAAAGUGGCYGAGGGCGGCUCGAACGUGGCAUUCUUAAAGGUUUCCUUUUUAGUAAACAAAUSUCAAUGAAUGUGUUCCAACCACUUCGUCGGGCUGCCUAUAAGGGGAAGGAACGGAGAGACAAUUUACAAAACAACUAACAGUGCAACACCAACCAUUCGUUGGUGGAUCGAUUACUAUCUUGGCAAACAAAGYCAACACAGAGUCCAACCGCUUAUUGUAUACUUCAGUGCCGGUAGAACUGCAACAKAGUCUGGGAUUGGUGUUUGGUCCGCGCUGCAAGCCUUCGACAMACGAGCAUGUCGGAGCGUGAAAUAGUCAGACAUAUGUGUAGCCUAUCAAUUACAAGUGUAUAAUUUCGCACGGGUAAAUUUGUUUGUAUAGAUCAAUAUCUACUAUUUUGUCAAUCGAUUUUUUCGGACCUGAGAAUAAUCCCGGCCUUUCGAUUUUUAGGCUUACAUCGGUGGCAUCAACCAUUGCCCAUUGACCUCAAACCCUUUGAAGAAAAUUGGCAUUCGUCUCGUUCCUCAUUAACGGAUUGGCGCUAGUCAUUUCAGGUGUUGUUUCUUUUGUUGGCAUCAAAUGUUUUCUUCGAGCCCCGUUCAUUGUUGCGUUCGCUACUAGUCCUUCCCGCCACCCAAAAUCACGGGAAGAGAAUCCUUCGAGUUUCCAACAAUSACGACCUUUGCGUUCGGCGACUGGGCGAGUUUUUCGGUGGCCUCGAUGCCCUUCCACUGCAGCAAGCUCGGGGUGAUGCCCUUUGUGACGAUCCUCUGAAACUCGGCAAUCCCCUCGGCCUCGAUGGCCUUGCGCUCGGCCUCCUGUUUUUCCUUUUUCAGCACGAAUUCCAUCCGCGCCGAUUCCUGCUCGGCCCGGGCCUUCUCCUGGAUGGAAGCGGACAAGUCUUUCGGGAGCACCACGUUUUUGAGGAGAACGUCCUCGACGAUGAUUCCACGGGGUCCCAGUCGCUCCUUUAGCUCGCUUCUGAGGUUGUUCUGGAUCUCGGACCGACCCGAGGUGUAGAGCGCCUUGGCUUCCGACUCGGAGGUGAGCCCGCGGAUCGCCGAGCUGGCCUCCGGGAGGACCAGCUUCUUGACAAACUGGGGACCAACCGAUCCGUACAGCGACAGCGCCUGUUUCGGAUCCAGGCGGACCAGAACGGCCGUAUCGAGCUCGACCGUGAGUCCUUCCUUGGUGGGAACAUAGUUCGACUGCUCCAGCAGCUCAGUCUUGGCAGACAGGAUCUCGACCUUAGUGAUUAGCGGGUUUCGAAUGUGGACCCCMGGAUCAUACCGUUCGAUGCUCCCAAAGGUGCUGGCAAUACCGAUCUGCCCGACGUCCACGGUKKAAAUACAUUGCAAUCCGAGAAAAAAGGCAAYCACAGCAGCAAUUACGAGACUUCCUUUGCGGCCUAGUCCCAACAGUUCCCCUAGGUAGUUUCCUGCCGCCAGGGCGGUGGUAGAACCGGAACGCGGAGGUCUUCUCGCGCCGUCGGUCCCGAGGAUGUUGCCCGCAGUCUUGCGAUUCACUGGUUGUGAGAUCCCUUGUCCAAACAACAGAGGAAUGCCGACGCUGCUGCUACGACCAAGUGCUUUGCCGGUCUUCAAUUGUGUCGAAAACGCUUCCACGAGGACCGGGCUACUUCCAGAUCCUUGCUGGCCGACCACUAGAGCGACAGCAGAAACAGCAGCAAAUGAAGAUAUCUUCCACCA